CUAAUAUUUGGUUUUGUGUGUUAUGUUGAUAAUGUAAACAAACAUGGCCGACAGGGAAUCCCUGAAAGCGGAGAGUACACAGAGUCAGGAAACAGACCAGACAGGAGACACGUAUCAGUCACAUGGAGCCUCAGCAGUGCCACUCACGGUGGUGUCUGCCUACAAACAUUUACGGGAGUCUGGAGAAGGCACACACAAUGUUCCACAGCUUCCAUCCCACAGAUUCCAAUACUCUGUGUGGCAUGAUCUUAGGGAGGCAUGUCUUACAGGAACAAUGCUGAAAGCCCCCAGGGUCAGAGAAGGUCCCCCAGAAAAAGACAAAGCAUUCUAUAAAAUGAGAGAUGAGGAAGACAAAGUAAUUCACCAUUCUCGUACAGGUGCAUCGAGGGACUCCUACAGACAUACAAUGGAAAACUGGGAGAAUGCUAAAUCUGUCAGCCUAUGUUACCAGGAGUUACAAGACUCGUACCAGAGAUCUAGUUUUAAUGCCAUCCUGGGGAGACUACAGAACGUGGAGCAUCUUUAUCUGACCGACAACACCAUACAAAGCCUCAAGUGGAAGUCAUUUCCAAAAUGUGAAGUGUUGAACCUGAAUAAUAAUUUCAUAUACUCCUUCUCGGAACUCCCCUCUAUACCUCGGAUCCGCUCCUUAAUGCUGGAGGAUAAUGACAUCCAGUCUUUUUCUGGCCUGUCUAAGCUUCGGUCCUCUCCUAUUGAGGAACUGUAUCUCAAUGGAAAUCCUGUAACCUUCACAAUCAACUACCGACCAAAGGUUUUCCAGAUUUUGACCCAGUUAAAGGUGUUGGACGGAAUCCCCAAACUCCAAUCUGACCUUGAGUUUCAGUCAGAGGAGAGGCUUCCUACCAAGUCUUCCCAGUGCACCAUACUAUGAAGGUUUCUCAAAGAACAUUUAAUGCAACACCUAUUAUGUAACUUUUCAUAGACAUCCUACAAACCAGGGAAAGCAGAUAGGCUUCUCCCAGAUUUAUAUAAACCAUCCAGCAAAUGUGAUCAGGCACAUGUAAAUAAAAUUGACAGCUUAAGCCCACUGCUGAAUACAUACAUGUACAUGUAUAACACACACAAUACACUUUAUCUGUGGUAUCUUUUGUAUUACAAGUACAUAUACAGUAAAACACAGUUACAGCAAAUAUGCAUAUAAUGACUAUUAUUAUGCCUACAGUGAACCGAUUUUCAUUCCCUGUGGUUUUAUAACUUAAAUUUCUUAUACUUAAUGGACAUUAUAUAAAUGGUGAUGUUUUGGAGGGUAACAAUCGAAAUUGACACCCCAAGGAAAACCAUUGUCAAAUGACUUGUUAUCGGAGGUUGACAAUGGUUUUCCAAGGGGUGUCAAUUUCGACUGUUACCCUCCAAAACAGGCACCAUUUAUUUUACUAUACUGAAUGUGUAAAUGAUUUAGGAUUUCAGCACAUUGCAGAUUGUUUAAUGCAUCUAAACCACUCAAAUCUUAGUAUUUAACAUGAAAUUAUAAUAAAACAUUACGUAUUGAAUCGAAAUUUGUCGUCCCUGGCACUUUACUACAAGAGUGUUUUACUGUAUAUAGAUGCAUUUAAUUUUGUCUGUGAUAUGUCGGAAAGAUCAGAUUUGCUGAGGUAAUGUAUAUGCAUUAUCAUGACUGUAUAUACUUACCUAAAAUAUUAAGGUAGGACUUGGUCGCUCUCCCUUUUUUCUUAAGUUUAAUUUUACAAGUACCUGUAUAUUAAAUAUUUUGUGUAAAUCUUUUUUUAAAAAAUAGUUGUGCAUGAAUAUGACAUUCCCUCCACUUUCUCUAUUUAGAACAUUUUAAUUUCACUUUUUCUUUGUGCAAUACAUUUUUCAUUCUGCCCAUAUCAACCAUAUAGACAUGUAUGCAUUUAGAAUAAAACUUGUCUAAUGAACAUUCUAUAUUUAUAUGAAUAAUUUACACGAUAUUGUUUAAUACUUACUUUCCUUGUUACAUAUCAAGCAAUGUAUUGUUGAAAAAAUGUUAACUUUUAAUUAGACUUUCAUUUUGACAUGCUGGUUUUGUCAAAACAACCUCAAGUUCCCUAUUAAUAAAUUGAUAACAACAAUU